AGACGCGAAAGCCGAGUGAAGUCCAGCAAAUGCUUCAAAAUGCCACAUUUUUCGCAAUACGACGCGUAGUGCCAUGUUAUGCACCGUCAUUCAAGGCGCCCUGUCGAUAUAUGGUCACGUCGCCCAGAUUUCGAUCUGACGAUGACCACCCAGACAAAACACGAGAGAGCCUCCGUGCUCUUCUUCGCGAAACCGCGCAACCUGUGGCAGUAGUCACGUCUUUACUACACGCAGAAUCAUCAAGCCGCGAAUCAACUUUUCACGGUGCAACACUUUCCUCGUUCACCUCUAUUGCGCUCGAUCCACACCCACUUAUUGCAUUUUCUCUGCGCGUUCCUUCACGCAUGGCAACCUCCCUUAAUGCUCACGACAACCUAACCUCCCAAUUACGCUCGAAAAAGUCCUCCCAUAUGGUCAUUAAUAUACUCUCCGCCUCACAAUCACAUCUAGCCCAUAUUU